AUGUCGCAUCUAUCGCUUCAGUGUAGCGAAAGUCCUCCAGACAGUCAGGUUCUAGAGGAUAGUCCGACAAUUGGUAGGGUCGUCGUGAAUUAUCCCUCGGCUGACACCGACUUGUCUUCUUUCCCAUCCGUACCAUUUAGUACCCAGGGCACGUCAAAACAACGAAAACCAAUUCCCAGCCCUUUACAAACGAGUACGGCCGUGUCUCCGCCUUCCAGCGCCAGCCCAUCUCAAACGAAAUUCCCCGAACCUGUACAUGAGUCGUUCUCAGCCGCUUCAUUCACUCAGGUCCUAUCGCGACAACCACCGCAACGCUCUCCUGUAGACGACAGGGCGAAUAAUCCCUAUCUCCCGGGAAAUACUUAUCGCAAGGGGGAUAUUUCUCCAGUUUCACCUCUGUCUUCCAACUACGGAGCGAGACUCUUAUAUUCUCCUUCGAAUGACACUCGAAGUGUUUCCGACCCAACCGCAACUACAAGGUCGCCAGUAGGCUCUGCCGGUGCAAGUCUGCCCAACAUGGCUGGCAACCCGGUAUCCUCGAAGCCCGACACUCCUCCCUCAGGCGCUCCUAGAACAUCAUCCAUCGACUCCGCCAUAUCCGCAAUUUCUUCGCGAACUCAUUCCCAUCAAGGCUCGCAGGAUGCUCAGUCUGGAACUGCAGAUAUUUCUAAUUUGUACCUCCUGAAAGAGAAACACUCCCAAUCCCAACAAAAUGCUCAAUUAUGGAGACUCGUUGAUAAACAGAGGGCCAUGAUCUUAGGCCUAAAUAAGGAUCUUGAGCGAGCGUUGAAGGAUAAGGAGAAAUACAGGAAGAAAUUGAAGGAUGUAAUGGCUGCGCAUGAAGACCAGAGUAAAUUCGACUUUGGACAAUCCAGUGCAUCAAGCAUUCCUAGGGUUAAUGUAAAUGUUCCCAAGGAACAGGAAAUCGAGGUGCCAGCGUCGCCAUCGAACCUCGAUUCGGAUAGUGUUAAGCACUCGCCUAUCGAUGUGUCCCUAGCCCCCUAUCCCAUCACGCCCCCAGCUGAUCACAUUACCAAUGGGUUGCCGUCAGCGGUUGGCGAACUUUUAGAUCCAUCGCAUGCGAUGCCAAAGGCGUCUGAGCAUGCGUUAGACCAUUUCGACCGUGAGGGGGAAGAUCGUGCUGCUGAAGAAGCUAGGAAAGUAUCCGAUGCAUCAAGAGACCCGGGACUACCGAUCAAUCUCUCGCUACCACCAUCUCGAAGCCUCAGAAGCGAACCCCCUCGGGUGCCACCUCCUAAACGACCCGCUGACCCACCACCAGCAGUGUCAGUGAUCGAAGCCACGCCUUUGGUUGAUCAAGGCAUCUCUCAAUUUCCACCCCCAUCUGCCCCGCCACCGCGCAAGCCUCCUCCCGCCCCAUUACAAUUGAAAAAGGAGUCGAAGGUCCCUGCUCUAACUCCCCCGGAGGACGAGGAAGACUCCGACUCUGAUUAUGAUUCGUUGCUGGAGGUGGAUGAAUUGCCGAUCAUCGAGAAACGUGGCCGGAGAAAAACGAGAGAGGAAGACGACCGAGAAAGAGAAAUUCUUGCUGAGAAGGAAGCCGAGGCUCGAAGUCUGUCCAAGAAGAGCAAAAAGGGAAGCCAAAAACCUACCGUCAAAGAACCUGAAUCACAAUAUGGUGUUGCAGCGAGUCCCCGAAUGGCCGGCAUACAACCUAUGCUAGCACCCGACAAUAUGCACGCAUCGCUAGCUGGUGUCCUGAGUGGCAACGAGAUCCGACAGACCAUGGUAGUUCCCCCAUCUUUGGCCCCUGGGCUUCCGGCCAGCCCGAGGCCAAUGCCUCCAAAGUCACCUAUGAACUCGCCGGCGAUGUCUCCUCGCUCCUUCGGAAUGGGAUUGCCACUAUCACCACGAGCUCCCAGACAACCUAUUCCAAUGCCUCCUAAUAUGUCUAGCCCGCCUGCUGCCCAAUCUUCGAGCCAGUCACAACCGAGUCCUCCCGCGAAUCGCGAUAGCCCUACCGAAAGAACGAAGAUAUAUAAAGGAUUCGUCACCGAAGAAUAUCCCGAUCUUUUACUACCCCCGAACGCGCUACCAUCUAUCGAAGUCAGAGUUGCGUCAUCUCGGAUGAAGCCGUCAAGGGCAAGUCUUCUAUCACUGACCCAGUUGGAGGAAGAUCCUGUAUUUACACUGGCGGUUUUCUCGCGAUCUGAACGUGUUGAGUUAUGGCGCGUGGAAAAAGAUACUACCUCCCUCUCUAAACUCGACCAAAAGAUGAAGCAAUGCUCAUCAUUCACUGCCAAGACACCGGAUAGAUCUCUGUUCAGCGGACAUUCACCCGCUAAGCUUGAUGCUCGCCGUACCAUUCUUGAUCAAUAUCUUGACGAGCUCCUCAAUAGCCCCUUGGACACACCGACUGCCCUAGAACUUUGCAAGUACUUGUCAACCAAUACACUCCGGCCUAGCUUCGAUGAUCCUUCAUCGACCAACGAAUCGAGUAUCGAGGCCAAUACUCAAAAGAAGGGCCCCGGAGGUAGACCAUUCAAGAAUGGAUAUUUGACAAAGAGAGGCAAGAACUUUGGUGGAUGGAAAGCUCGGUUCUUCGUUCUCGAUGGACCUCACCUGAAGUACUACGAAGCACCCGGUGGCGCACAUCUAGGAACUAUAAAGCUUCAGAACGCACAAAUCGGGAAGCAGUCCCAGCAAACUAACGAUGGAUCACCCUCAAGCGGUCCGAACGGAGACGAGUUGGACAACCAGUACCGACAUGCGUUCCUAGUCCUUGAACCGAAAAAGAAGGAUUCCAGUAGCCACGUGAAACACGUUUUAUGUGCUGAGAGCGAUUUGGAGCGCGAUCAAUGGGUAGAGACGCUACUUCGUUGGAUCGAUUAUAAGGAUAAGGAUGAUGAGGAAGCACAUCCACCUGCUGGUCACGACCGAAGUCACGGUGGAAGUAACACUCAUGCCAACGCAAACUUGAAGAAAAAGGGACAUGGGCAUGUGAAGAAUCAAGGGCAGAAGGGUAGCCAAGAUGGUUUAAUCGGGAUGAGUUACAACGCGGCGAAACAAGGCGAUAUUCCUGACGGUGCUCCUACUCGACGCAAAACCGGUACACCUGAUCUUCAGGAUAGGGCGAACGGUCCGACUUAUACUAUCUCAGCUCCUAAAGAUCCGCAAUUGAUUCCCGAUUCUGCAUCGUGGGGAAACAAGAUGAUGGGUCUGGCUCCACCCGGUCCUACGACGGAAGAAAAGAAGCAGAGAAAGCGCAGUUUCUUCGGAUUUGGCCCGAAAACUCGAUCUUCCAGCGAUGACCAGGACCCGUUGUAUAGUUCUAACGCUGGAAGUGUUCCUCAGGGCCUAAAUGAGCCUCGAGGGCCAAUUCGACAAGUCUUUGGAGCGCCUCUCGCUGAAGCUGUGAGGUUCAAUGGACCGUUUGAUGUUAGCGUGCCUCUUCCAGCAGUGGUAUUCCGCUGUAUCCAAUAUCUCGAUGCGAAGAACGCGAUUUUGGAGGAAGGCAUUUUCCGACUCAGUGGCUCUAACGUAGUAAUCAAACAGCUUCGCGAACGUUUCAAUACCGAAGGAGACGUUAAUCUCGUAACUGACGAGACUUACUACGACAUCCAUGCGGUUGCUUCCCUGUUGAAGCUCUACCUUCGAGAGCUUCCCACCACCAUUCUUACCAGGGAUCUUCACAUGGGUUUCGUCGCAGCGGCAGAGAUGGACAACCAACGAGAGAAGAUUGCGUCCAUGGCAGAACUUGUGCAGAAGCUGCCGUUGGCGAACGAGACGUUGCUGAAAUAUCUGAUUGCUUUCCUCAUUAAGAUCAUCAACCACGCGAAUAUGAACAAGAUGACAGUGCGUAAUGUCGGCAUUGUCUUCUCGCCGACGCUCAAUAUUCCGGCUCCGGUUUUUGCGCUGCUAUUGCAGAAUUAUGAAGGCAUAUUUGGAUUAGAUCCAGAAGAGUAUGAGCUUCCGUCGCCAGACAUGGAAGCUGAUUCACGUCCACCACUAGAGGCUCAACCACGUCGACCAUCUACAGCAACAGAUUCGCCCCAAAGGCAACGGCUCAUGGAACAGAUGCAGUCACGGUCAACACCUACCCCGCCACCUGGCGUAUCAAGUAGCCUGCGCCCAACUGCGACACCUCCGCCUCGCCAGACUUCAUACGAGCCGCAUUAUCUAGCUCAAGCGGGGUCUCAAUCCUCUCUCCGGCCAUCAUAUGAGAGCGGCUUCGUACAACCAGGCUAUGAAGCGGGCGCGAGACAGCCUGGCUAUGAUCGUCCAAUUUAUGGAAACUCCUACGAGCAGGAGUUUAACGAAAACUCCCUAUCCGCGUAUGACCCGAAUUAUAAUAAGAACAAGAGAAGAGAGAGCUCGAUGUUUAUGGGGAAUGUGAUGCUUAAUCAGCAAGGCUCCAAGAGCCGCCUGAGGGAGGAAACUAGAAUGUGA